AUGGCCAACAAUUGUCGAGGUGACCUUGUGUCGCUGGAGCGCCUGCCUGUCGACUACAGAGCUCAACCAAGUCGUCUGCACAGGGUAGGGGUCAACGUUUCACACGCACGCACCUCAACACACUCCUACAACCAGACCUCACGCUUCGCCUUGUCUGUCGGUUGGUUUGUUGGUUGGUUUGUUGGUUGACGACGAGCAGCCGCACCCCAAUGCCCGAUGGGGUUCUGACAUCGGCCUCCUUACGUUCCUGUGCGUCGCUGGGUGAGAAAUAUGCACCGCAGAAGCAUGGAUCUUGGCCCAUGAUUCAUAUCUUGCUGUGUGGAUUCGGGUGUGUCUGUUUCAGUGUUGUGGUGAUGAUAUGUAACAUCAUACGCCAACGGAGCCUUGUCUCUGCCCACACGCCAGCCCAUGGCGCCGCCAGCAACAUGACCCUCGGCACAGCGGUCAAGGUGAGCCAGGGAGGGAGGGAGGGAGGGAGGGGGGCAGUGCCCACGCGCACCACACGCACCACACACAUGCACUUGUGUGCCUUUCUUUGCGUGUGUGUGACCAUGUGUGUGUGAAGUCGUUUGGUCUGUCUGCGGGUGGGCAGCUGCCAUCCAUCAUCGGCAAGAAGAGAAGGCUGCCUCUACAGACAAGGCUUCUGUCCAACCCCCCCUGUACCCACUGA